GAAUGUUAAGGGCAAACCCAGCACCAAAAGAGGCAUGUUAAGCACAAUAAGCUCGGUCUAUGACCCCCUGGGUUUAGCUGGCCCAUUCAUUUUACGAGGAAAGGCACUAUUCCAGUCACUGUGUCGCAUGAAGCUAGGCUGGGACGAAACCAUUCCAAGUAAGAUUGCUGAGCAAUGGGGCCGGUGGUUGGAUGACCUGCCAAGACUUUGCAAGCUACAAAUUCCUCGAUGCCUCAGACCAACAGUCUAUACUGUACCUUCAGUCACCAUGCAGCUCCAUCACUUCAGCGAUGCGUCUGAGUUGGGAUACGGUGCCGUCUCCUAUCUCAGGCUCGUUUGCCAUAAUAACAUAUACUGUAACAUCAUCAUGUCCAGGAACAGGCUGGCUCCAGUCAAAACAACCACUAUCCCAAGACUAGAACUGGCGGCGGCGGUGGUAGCAGUGCAGCUUGACCUGAAAAUCCACCAAAGCUUUGAGCUACCCCUACUGGACUCCGUCUUCUGGACUGAUAGCACCAUUGUGCUGCAUUACAUCAGAAAUGAAGAUAAAAGAUAUCAAACCUUUGUCGCAAAUAGAAUCUCACAGAUCCGUGAAGUUUCAGCAGCCUCGCAAUGGAAGUACGUCUGCACAGAGCACAACCCUGCAGAUGAUGUUUCUAGAGGAUUUUCAGCUGAAGAACUUGCAAGCAAUGAGCGCUGGCACAAAGGUCCUGCUUUCCUUUGGCAGAGAGAAGAGUUUUGGCCUCUCCAGCCGGAACUAGGUGGCUUACCUUCAGAAGCUGAGGUAAAGAAAUCAAGUCAGACAUACACAAUCUCAUCUAAAGUCACCACUCAUUCAGCAGUUGAUUGUUUCUUCCACAAGUAUUCCUCCUGGUACAAACUCAAGCGAGCUAUUGCAUUGAUCUUACGGGCAAAAGACAUUCUUUUGAAGAAGAUGAAAACUAAACUAUGUGCACCUGUAACGCUUAAUGAUCUGAAGCGGGCGGAGAUUUCCAUCAUUGACUAUGUUCAACGCUCCCAGAUCACCAAGCCACUGAGGGUUAAUAACUUGAGGAAGUUAGCACCAGUACGCCUCAGUGAUGGACUACUUCGAGUUGGAGGCAGACUCACCAAUGCUCCAAUACCUGAAGCAGCAAAACACCCAGUGAUCUUGCCACAGAAGCAUCAUGUCAGUGAACUCAUCAUAUGGCACUUCCACAAACUCACAGGUCAUUCAGGUGCUGAGAGGGUCCUCUCUGAGAUUAGGCAAUCCUUCUGGAUUGUCAGAGGACGCAUCACAGUGAAACGAGUCCUAGCACGGUGCAUACCAUGCAAAAGGCACAGAGCUCCAAUCAGUACGCAGUACAUGGCCGACCUACCAGCCGAUCGUGUGACUCCAAGUCAACCACCUUUCACCAGUGUUGGAGUCGAUUACUUCGGUCCCAUUAACAUCAGAAGGGGACGCGGUGAGGUGAAGAGGUAUGGUUGCCUGUUCACUUGCCUAACAACCAGAGCCAUUCAUUUGGAGGUAGCGCACAGUUUGGACACAGAUUCCUUUAUAAAUGCUCUUCAGCGUUUCAUGGCUCGUCGGGGAACACCUCAAUUGAUGCGCUCGGACAACGGAUCAAAUUUCGUUGGUGCCCGCAGUGAACUACAGAAAGCGCUGGAUGAAUGGAAUCAACAAAAGAUUGAAGAACAUCUGCUCCAAAGAGAAACACAAUGGAAGUUCAACCCCCCAGCAGCCUCACACAUGGGAGGUGUAUGGGAGAGGCAGAUCCGAACAGUGCGUUCAAUCCUCAUGGGCCUUACAGGACAACAGACUCUGGAUGAUGAAGGAUUAAUGACACUCUUCUGCAUCAUUGAAAAAAUUGUCAAUGGACGACCACUAACAAAGCUGUCAGAGGACCCAAGAGAUGGUCAGCCUCUGACUCCUAACGAUUUGCUUCUGUUAAGACCUGAGUGUUCUCUACCCCCUGGUCACUUUGUGAAGCAGGAUCUGUACCGUCGACGCUGGCGCCAGGUCCAGUACUUGGCGGACAUUUUCUGGACUCGAUGGACAAAGGAGUAUUUGCCUAGUCUACAGCAGAGGCAGAAGUGGACCCACCAUUCCAGAAAUUAUCAAGUAGGUGAUCUUGUACUAGUUCUGCAUGAAUCUACACCUCGCAGUCAGUGGCCCCUUGGAUUGGUCAUUGAUGUCAAUGUUGGAGCUGAUGGACUGGUACGUUCAGUUCAAGUAAAGACACAAACAGGUAUUUAUACUCGCCCCAUCCACAAACUAUGUUUGCUGGAAGGGAAUAUGGACAAGUAAGCUCUACAGACUUUCAGCUUGUGUUUUCCAUGAGACUGUUACAAUAGUUGUUAGCCGUGUGUUCAAGAUUAACAGUUAUUGCUCUAAAGUGCAUGUAUUACUGUAUUAUUACAUAGUCGUUCACCAAUUUUACUUGGAUGACCAUCUGUUGAGGUCAUCGGGGCCGGGAUGUUGGUAUCACUCCCUUCCACUAGAGGGCUCCAAUCAUUGUUUACAUUUUUUGGGCUGUCUGACGUGCAAGGAAGAAAGAGACACGAUAGCCUUUUCAGCUACAGAGAGCCAAACAGAAAAAACAAAGCAGACAAAGAUUAAACCUGUCACUUAACUAUCCAAAUAACAUUGCCCCAACGUGUUUAACCGGCUGUCAUUAGGCUGUGUAUAGCCAGAGGGCAAUAAAAAAAAA